UUCGGUGUUCAGCUAGCUCGAGCCGAGAGAGAGAGAGAGAGAGAGAGAGAGGGAGGGAGGGAGAGAGAGAGAAAGAGAGACUGUCCACCGAUUGGUCCUCGCGGCACCGAGGGACGCAAUUCGCCGAUUUGAAUCAGGUCGGUUUUUAAAAAUGGACGCGAAGAGUCGUCCCCUAUCACAUGUCAUCCGCUGCCUUUUACGUUCGAAAACACGUGCACUGUCAACAACGAAACGCGACAUUCGCCGAGCUAUGAUUCUCAGUACUUUCCAGAUAAACAUUUCCGCCGAGUUCUGACGUCGAGCGACCGCGUUAAAUUCGUGACUGCUCGAUAAAUUUUCAAAGGAAAACUGUCGAGCUUAUACGUGACGCGUUAGCGCCUCCGACGAGGAACUUGGCGAAUCUCCCUGCGAGAUAUUUCAGGGCGAUAAUGGAAAAGUAUCAGCACAUGAGAGCAUUCAUAUCCGCGGCGUUGGAUCACACCAAGCACCCCUGCGAAAAUGUGAUCUCCGCUAUACAAAGGAGCCUUGGAGUAAUAAGCGCGUCGCUGGACCUGAGUAUAUUUGAUCCUGGGACGAGCAUAGCCGCGGAAUUCUAUGUGAGCCUGUACGAGCUUAUGAACUCCUUAGGAUCGCGAUCUACCUUGAUCUGGAGCGCCGUAGAUGUUUUGCAAAAUGCUUGCCGGAACGUACCUGCCAGACAAUCGCUCAUCCAUACGUAUAAAUUUGCUCCGAUACUAGCGAGAUUACUGGAGGCAAAUCUGACGACUGAAAAGAGGAUACGAGUGCUGAAAUUACUGCAAGAGUUAACAUAUGGAAUUAAGAUAUCAUGGCAAGAGGCUCAUCUUCCGUAUUUAAUUUCAACGUUAACUCAAUGGGUAGUACAAUCAAAGGAAGAAGAGAUUAUCGCACUUUCUUUAGGUGUGCUGGUCAAUCUGUGUUAUAAAAAUCUUCCGGCGGUGUAUACGCUGAUGCGGACCGUCAAUACUAAAGCAUUUAUCAGAACGUUGUUGAAACUCCAAGAUCAUUUCAACACUAGUGUACAAUGUUGCAAAUUAUUGAUUAUAUUGGAGCCGACUAAUACAAACAUAUCUGAGAAGUAUAUCAUGGACUUUGCGUCGCUGACGUUUGCCAAUCUCAGAACAGCGCUGAGACAGAAGGACGUUUUAUUAUUGAGACAUAUCGUCGACUUUUUUAACGAUGUCGGACAAAACGAGCAUUCGCGAAAUGCACUGCUCACAUAUUCAAAUUAUGGCAAAGAUAUUGAAAAUAUAUUGGCCACUUUGGAAGAAAACGCGGAUCCAGAAUGCGUCGCCCUUAUGAUGGAAUUUUUACUGUCAUUAGUGAAGCUGAAAUUAACUGCCUUAACGCCUUUGUAUCCCGCGUGUAUAAAAUCAGCUAUGACAUGGGUGCCUGUGGAACAAGUAUGUUCGAAAGCUUUAGCGCUCAUACGGAGCGUGAUAAUUGAUUCCCGACGCACCAAGACCUCUGCCGAAGUUUUAACGGAGCUAGAUCCGUCGGUCCUUAUGCUUAUAACGAAUCCAGAGGACAACAUUAAUGGGCAAAAUGGGGGUCGAAACGCAGAAAUGGAAAUGAAGCAAGCUGAAUUGAUGCAGCUGUUUCAAGAAAUGAUUAAAACUCCUGCGCUGAAAAAGAAGAUUAUGAAAUCCUUCAGCGAACAUGCAAUGCGCAAACUGUUCAGUCACGUGCUGGAUAAUGAUUUUUCCGCUGCUGGAGAUUGGACUGGGAACUUUAUCCAGAAUGUUUCUACCAAUCUUUACAUUCAUGCGUUAGCCUUAACAGCAGACUUGGCAGCAAAUCAUUCCAACUGGUUAACACUGUAUUCCGAAUUGCUCAGUAGAAAACAAAUGCAAAUGAUAAUAGCGCUAGCAUUAUUCACCGGUGACGGAGAAGUUAAGCAGAAAGUCUUGCAGCUGACAUCGUCGAUUGGAUUUCCACAAGAAUGUGUUUCCGCAGUGGCACUUUGCAUGAAAGAAUUAGAACCGUUGAUAUUAGUUCAAAGUACUAAUAGCAACAUACUGGAAGUCACAAAUAAAGUAUCCUUGAGUUACGCCGGGAAUGAACUGGCGCCGUUAUUUUCCAUUGCACAAGAAGAGCGCCUCGAUGCAUUCUUAGCUAAGCUCAAAUCGACUUUCGAAUCGAAUCAAAGUGAUAUUUCAACGUCUGCAGUAAUGGAAUUAUAUGAAUAUAAGUUAGCAGCAAUGAGACAUUCUGAAAGGGCGUGGCAAUCAAGUUUAGAAGCAGCGAAUAAUCAUGCUACUAGUCUCCAACACAGAUUAGCGCAAGUAGUAGCUGAAUCUAGUAGAUUACAUCAGUUAUUGUUUGACACUCAACAAUGUUUGGAAGGAAUUAAAGUUGAAAAGUCUGCAUUAGCGGGAAAGCUUAGCGAAAUGGAAGAUCAAUCCAAGAAAGCGCUUCUUAUAAAAAAACAAGAGAUUGAAUCCUUGAAAAAAAUUGUGAUAGAGAAGUCGACAAAUGUGGAGAAUCUAAAUGAAAAACUAAUACAAUGUACAAAAGAAUUAGAAGCUUGUAACAAUCAAAUUGAUAUAUUAAGCAAAAAAGUCAAAGAAUUAGAUAAUGAACGUUUAGCCGCCGAAGCAAAGGCUAUGGACAUGGGCAAUAAAAAUCACGAAUUAAGUAAACUUUUACAAAAGGUUAAAGAAUCUCUUAGCAAGAAAGAACAGAUCUUAGAGGAAAAGAGUGCGGAGAUAGAAACAAAUCAAAGCGAUAUAUCUGCGCUUAAGCAAGAAAAUCAACAAAUGACACAUAUGCUACAAACAUAUGAGCAAACUAUAUCGGAAAAGGAAAGGAAUAUUCAAAGAAUGAAAGGGGAAUUGAAAGAAUUGAGUCGCAUGCGAGAUAUGAUCUUUGAACUUACUGCUAAAAACAAAGACGAUAUAAAUUCAAGUUAGCAAUCCUUUCAUUUUAGAAUUAUUAAUAAAUAUGGGAAAUGUAAAUGAAUUGAUCAAUAUAAAU